UUGCGCUUGGAGCAAUGAGGCUUGACACAGCGGGAGCGACGGGCAGAUGACUGACCAGAAGCUGCGCGCCAGUGUCAUAGAUCGGAGCGCACUCCCAGCAGCUGCGCCUCGACCGGCCUGCUUUAUCAAUCUGAUUAACAAAGGCACGCGAGGCAUGACUGGGACACCGUCGUGGGCCAGCGCAGCGGAGCGCACAGGCGGCGCAAAAAAGGGAUGCCCUGGGUACAUCUCAGCACGUAGCCGCAGCCUGUUCGCCUCGCCUCGCCCUCUGUGUUGGUCGUCCGCCCGUCACCCCGAGACGCCGCCUUGCGCCAGAUCCCUUUGACGGUUCAUGACGAGUUGAAUUGCACCCUUAUCAUCCAUGUCGUCCAGUCUCGCCCUUCAGCCACAGGCUGUGUCCGCACCCGGCAAGGUCUUCGUGGCGGGUGGCUACCUCGUGCUGGAUCGAAAAUAUACCGCGCUUGUGUUUGGCCUCGACGCACGGAUUCACGUGGAAAUUGAGCCCAUCCAGACGAAGAGCGGUGUCACUCUCAGCGAGAUUAUCGUGAGGAGCCCGCAGUUCCGGGACGCUGCUUGGGAGUAUGGCUACAGACUGACCGAGGGUGAUGGUGGGAUUGCAGUCACUCAAUUGCGAGCCUCCCACACCUCCUCCCUCAACAAAAACCCCUUCAUCGAAACAGCGCUCACCUACGCCCUGACUUACAUCUCCACCCUGCAGUCAACCCCCAUCCCACCCUCCUCAAUCAGCAUCCUCGCCGACCAAGCCUACUACUCCAACCCGGGGUCCCCCCUCUCCCCGUCCUCCCGCUUCCUCAACUUCGACGUCACGCUCCCGGACGCCCACAAAACGGGCCUCGGAUCUUCCGCCGCGCUGGUGACUGCCUUCACUGCCGCGGUUCUGAGCUACUACCUGCCUAAGGAGGCGUUUGAUGUUGAUAGCGAGAAGGGGAAGAGCGUCCUGCACAACCUUAGCCAGGCGAGCCACUGCGCGGCGCAGGGCAAGGUGGGCAGCGGCUUCGACAUUGCAUCCGCGGUGUACGGGUCGUGCUUGUAUCGGCGGUUCUCGCCAUCACUGCUAUCCUCCCUCCCAGCGCCGGGUGCAGCGAGCUUCGCGGCGCAGCUGCGCUCUCUCGUCGAGGGGGACUCCUGGGAUGUCGAGAUCGCGAAGGCCAAGGUCAAAAUGCCAAGGGGGCUGCGGCUCGUCAUGUGCGACGUCGACUGUGGGAGCCAGACGCCGGGGAUGGUGCGCACGGUGCUGAAGUGGCGCGAACAGAACCCCGAACUGGCGGAUAGGAUUUGGGGUGAGUUGCAGAGCGGGAAUGAAGCGUUUGCUGCGGAGUUGACGAGGCUCGCAACUGAAGACAGCGGAGAGGCAGGAGCAGAGAAGUUCGCGAAGCUGAAGGGAAUCUUUGAGGCGAAUCGCAAGCUGAUAAGGGAGAUGAGCAAGGAGAGCGGUGUGCCGAUUGAGCCGCCGCAGCAGACGAAGCUCUUGGAUGCGUGCUCGGCGGUGGCCGGCGUCGUGGGUGGUGUUGUGCCUGGCGCGGGUGGGUAUGAUGCUAUUGUGCUACUGCUCGAGGAUAAAGAGGAGGUUAUUGGGGAGCUGAGGAAGGUGGUUGAGGGGUGGAAGGUUGAUGGGCAUAGCGAGGAUGGGGUUACGAUUGGGAAGGUGGGUAUUCUGGGCGUGAGGGAGGACAUGGUUGGUGUGAGGAGGGAGGAUGUGGUCAUCUACCGGGAGUGGAUCACUUCGUCGUGAGUGAACUAGAUGAGGCUAGGGAUGAUCGAUAGUGUAUAGAUGUGGUCCUGACAAUGUAUCAGUACCAGGCCGGAACUCGAUCA